CUCUUGCGGAAGUUCAUUCGCCAUUGGAAGGGCCUCCGCGGCUGUUCUGUGCCCUUGUUGCUGAGGGCCUCUUCCUGGGUCAUACCUGGAUCAAGAGCCGGACUGGGGCUAACACGGGGACUCCCGUGUGGCCGUCUUGGCGCCUGCGUGACCUCCCCAUUGGCGGGAUGUGGCGACUACAUCGGGCCACCUUGGGCUGUGAAGUCUGCCAAUCUUUAGUAAAACACAGCUCUGGAAUAAAAAGAAGCUUACCAUUACAAAAACUGCACCUGGUUUCACGAAGUUUUUAUCAUUCUCAUCAUUCUACCUUAAAGCUUCAAAGACCUCAAUUAAGGACAUCAUGUCAGCAAUUCUCUUCUCUAACUAACCUUCCUUUACGUAAAUUGAAACUUUCUCCAAUUAAAUAUGGCUACCAGCCCCACAGGAAUUUUUGGCCAGCAAGAUUAGCUGCAAGGCUCUUAAAGCUUCGCUAUCUCAUACUAGGAUCUGCUGUUGGGGGUGGCUACACAGCCAAAAAGACUUUUGAUCAGUGGAAAGAUAUGAUUCCUGACCUUAGUGACUAUAAAUGGAUUGUGCCAGACUUUGUGUGGGAAAUUGAUGAGUAUAUUGAUUUUGAGAAAAUCAGGAAAGCACUUCCUGACUCAGAAGACCUUGCAAAGUUAGCACCAGACUUUGAGAAGAUUGUGGAAAGCCUCAGCUUAUUGAAGGACUUUUUUACCACAGGUCACAAAUUGGUUAGUGAAGUCAUAGGAGCUUCUGACCUACUUCUCUUGUUAGGUUCACCUGGAGAAACAGCAUUCAGAGCUACAGAUCAUGGAUCUGAAAGUGACAAGCAUUAUAGAAAGGGUCUGCUUGGUGAGCUCAUUCUCUUACAACAGCAAAUUCAAGAGCAUGAAGAGGAAGCACGCAGAGCUGCUGGCCAGUAUAGCACGACCUAUGCCCAACAGAAGCGCAAGGUAUCAGACAAAGAAAAAAUUGACCAACUGCAAGAAGAACUUCUGCAUACUCAGUUAAAGUAUCAGAGAAUCUUGGAACGACUAGAAAAGGAGAACAAAGAAUUGAGGAAACUAGUAUUGCAGAAAGAUGACAAAGGCAUCCAUCACAGAAAGCUGAAGAAAUCUUUGAUUGACAUGUACUCUGAAGUUCUUGAUGUUCUUUCUGAUUACGAUGCCAGUUAUAAUACACAAGAUCAUCUGCCACGGGUGGUCGUGGUUGGAGAUCAGAGCGCUGGAAAAACGAGCGUGCUGGAAAUGAUUGCGCAGGCACGGAUAUUCCCCAGAGGAUCCGGGGAGAUGAUGACACGUUCUCCAGUUAAGGUGACUCUGAGUGAAGGUCCUCACCACGUGGCCUUGUUCAAAGAUAGCUCUCGGGAAUUUGACCUUACCAAAGAGGAGGAUCUUGCAGCGUUAAGACAUGAAAUAGAACUCCGAAUGAGGAAGAACGUGAAAGAAGGCUGUACCGUUAGCCCUGAGACUAUAUCCUUAAAUGUAAAAGGCCCUGGUCUUCAGAGGAUGGUGCUCGUCGACUUACCAGGUGUGAUUAAUACUGUGACAUCAGGCAUGGCUCCCGACACGAAGGAAACUAUUUUCAGUAUCAGCAAGGCCUAUAUGCAGAAUCCUAAUGCCAUCAUACUGUGUAUUCAAGAUGGCUCUGUGGAUGCUGAACGCAGUAUUGUUACAGACUUGGUCAGUCAAAUGGAUCCUCAUGGAAGAAGAACCAUAUUUGUUUUGACCAAAGUAGACCUGGCAGAGAAAAAUGUAGCUAGUCCAAGCAGGAUUCAACAGAUAAUUGAAGGAAAGCUCUUCCCAAUGAAAGCUCUAGGUUAUUUUGCUGUUGUAACAGGAAAAGGAAACAGCUCUGAAAGCAUUGAAGCUAUAAGAGAAUACGAAGAAGAAUUUUUUCAGAAUUCAAAACUCCUAAAGACAAGCAUGCUAAAGGCACACCAGGUGACCACAAGAAAUUUAAGCCUUGCUGUAUCAGACUGUUUUUGGAAAAUGGUACGAGAAUCAGUUGAACAACAGGCUGAUAGUUUCAAAGCAACACGUUUUAAUCUUGAAACAGAGUGGAAGAAUAACUACCCUCGCCUGCGAGAACUUGACCGGAAUGAACUAUUUGAAAAAGCUAAAAAUGAAAUCCUCGAUGAAGUUAUCAGUCUGAGCCAGGUUACACCGAAACAUUGGGAGGAAAUCCUUCAACAGUCUUUGUGGGAAAGAAUAUCAACUCAUGUGAUUGAAAACAUCUAUCUUCCAGCUGCACAGACCAUGAAUUCGGGAACUUUUAAUACUACAGUGGAUAUCAAGCUUAAACAGUGGACUGAUAAACAGCUUCCUAAUAAAGCAGUAGAGGUCGCUUGGGAGACCCUACAAGAAGAAUUUUCUCGCUUCAUGACAGAACCAAAAGGAAAAGAACAUGAUGAUAUAUUUGAUAAACUUAAAGAGGCUGUUAAGGAAGAAAGUAUUAAACGCCAUAAGUGGAAUGACUUUGCGGAAGACAGCUUGAGGGUUAUUCAACAUAAUGCUUUAGAAGACCGGUCCAUAUCUGAUAAACAGCAGUGGGAUGCAGCUAUUUAUUUUAUGGAAGAGGCUCUUCAGGCUCGUCUCAAGGAUACUGAAAAUGCAAUUGAAAACAUGGUAGGUCCCGAUUGGAAAAAGAGGUGGUUAUACUGGAAGAACCGGACUCAAGAACAGUGUGUUCACAAUGAAACUAAGAACGAACUGGAGAAGAUGUUGAAAUGUAACGAGGAGCACCCUGCUUAUCUUGCAAGUGAUGAGAUAACUACAGUCCGCAAGAACCUUGAGUCCCGAGGAGUAGAUGUGGAUCCAAGCCUGAUUAAGGAUACUUGGCAUCAAGUUUAUAGAAGACAUUUCUUAAAAACAGCUCUAAACCAUUGUAACCUUUGUCGAAGAGGGUUUUAUUACUACCAAAGGCAUUUUGUAGAUUCUGAGCUGGAAUGCAAUGAUGUGGUCUUGUUUUGGCGAAUACAGCGCAUGCUCGCCAUCACUGCGAAUACUUUACGGCAGCAACUUACAAACACUGAAGUUAGGCGAUUAGAGAAAAAUGUUAAAGAGGUAUUGGAAGAUUUUGCUGAAGACAGCGAGAAGAAGGUUAAGUUGCUUACUGGGAAACGAGUCCAGCUGGCCGAAGACCUCA